GAAAACUCUAAAAAUAUAUUUAUUUGGUGAAAAUUAAAAUCCCGCUAUCUUUUCAUCUCAAGCGGGAAUUGAAAUAAUUAUAUUUUUAUAUAAACUGGCCACCUCUAAUAAAAUUGUUCUAAUUAGGGUUCCUAAAUACUAAAUCCACGUUCUCUAGGGAAAACUUCCCGCAACCUAUCUCUGCGAGUUAACAUCGGUGAAUUUCAUUGGAUAAAGGUGAUGUAUCUCUCUAAUUCUAUUUUUUUGGUAUUGUAUUGUAUUCUUCACUUUAAAUAAUGAGAAGAAGAUCGUUGAUUCAUAGAUUUGUUGAUUUCAAUUAUUUUAGAUCAUGGAUUACAUGGACUCAGAAACACAAGAACCAGAUGAUUUACCAUAUCUGGAAACAGAGUACGACAUGCCUCCUCCACUUGCUGCCGAAUGCAAAAGUUUCAAAUGGAAAAUAGAAGUUAUAGGUCAACUAAGCAAUGAUGUGAAUUUGCUACCCAUUAACUACAGUGACUGGAGAAUGGUUAAUCCUCACAUAAAAAAUAAAGUCUGGGAAGUAAUACAGUCCAAAUUCUGGUUUGAUGAUCCAGCGACAAGAAAAGUGUUUGUGAUGAGUGCAUUAGGUAGCAGAUGCAAAGAUGUCAAACUACAUCUUUGGAAAGAAUACAAGCGAGACAGUCUAAGUGAGACAUUGCUCAAUCGACCAGAAAAUGUUCCUGAAAAUCAAUGGGGUCAUUUCGUUCACAUGAGAUUCACUGAAAAGUGGAAGAAAAUGCAAGAGAGGAAUACAGAAAGCCAAAAGAAAAAUAUCAUGCCUCAUGUAUGUGGAAGAAAAAGUUUUUCAAGGAAAAGAAAUGAUAUUACAAUCAAGACUGGAAAACGACCAUGUCGAGCAGAGUUUUUUAUCGAGACUCGUACAAAACCUAAUGGAAGCUUUGUAUGUGAAGAAGCAAAAACACGGGCGGAAAAACUUACGACGUUGUUGGGCCAAAAGUCACAUGUGACAAACAAUGCUAUUGCUAGUUUGGAUGAUGAAUAUGCACAAGUUUUUGGUCCAGAGCGUCCAGGACGAGUACGGUGUGUUGGUCGUGGACCUACACCUUCAAAAUUAGUGAACCAUUCACCUGUUACGAGACAAGAGAUAGAGAAUUCAGAAAUGGUUAUUGACCUGAAGUCACAAGUGAAAGAAUUAUCAGAUCAAGUCAAGGGAAUGACUACAUUCAUCCAACAAGUAAUUGGUACUUCAACUGGUGAACAGGCAAGAGUAUGGGCUUCAAGUUUUGCUGUAGCUUUUGCUAACAUACCAAACCCAGCUUUUGCCAACGUACCAUCUCCACCAAAUCCAAAUCAGGUAAAUUAUAAUUAAUUUUAGUUUUAUAAUAAAUAAUUAUUCAAAAUAUUAACUGAUUUGUUGUAUAAUUCUAUUUCAGGAACGGAGUGAUGAUGCUGUUAGAGACUAAGACUCAGACGUUGGAAGCAAUGGCAGUGAUCUUCAUCAACAUUAGUUUAAUAAUAGUUUCAGUAACUUUCAGUUUAUUUUAUUUUUAUGAAUUUGCAUGAUGGAUUAGUUGAUUUGAUUUCUAAUACUUUAUUUAUUAUCUAAAUCAGGUUUUAUUCAUUUAAUUAAUUUUCCUGCAUUUUUAUAUAUAUUUUAAAUCAUAAAAAUGUAAAUAAAAAUAAUAUUUGUAUCAUUUAUAUAUAAGUGAAAUAUAUUAUAAUCAUUUAUGAAAACUGAUAUAGAUUUAGCAUCAAUUAUAUACAAAUGAUGAUAGAAAUUUAAAUCACUAAAUUGUAAAUGAUACAAUUAUAAAAAUCACUUCUUAAAACUGAUAUAAAUUUAACAUCAAUACGUAAAAUGAUAAUAAUACUUUAAAUCACUUGCUUUAAAUGAUAUAAUUAUUAAAAUCACUUUUAAAAAAAUGAUUCAAGG